AGAAAUUUUUAAAAAAUUUACCGUCACUUAUGGAAAUUUUAAUUUCAAAUACUUGCUGAAGAAUUGUGGAACCAUUAUAUUAUGCACACAGCUUAACGAAGUACUGAGAAGCCUCUAACAUGGACUAUUCCUUACCAGAAGAAGGAGCUGAAACAUCCACCGAUUCAGAACCGCGAUGUCGGCUGUGCCUGCAGUGGACAGACGAAGAAGAUGAUGCGGACCGAGGCUUUCAGAAUAUUUUCACCGAAGAUGACGAAAGUCUUCCGUUCAAAAUACGAGACUGUCUGGGAGUGUUCGUUUCCCCGGAAGAUAGCAUCCGAACUAUCUGCACCAACUGCCGGCAAACGGUGUGCUUGAUUGAUGAAUUCCGGACGCUGUGUCGUCAGACGGAGGAGAUUUACGAAUCGGUGCAGAUUCGUUAUGAAGACAGCGAAAGAUGGGAACGAUAUGGGGAAUAUGUAGGUGAGCUGCGGAGGCUGGUUCAGGAGCACAAAGAUACGAUCAAUGAGCAACUUGUCGGGGUAGAAGGUGUGGAAGGAACGGCAGACGAGGAUUCCAUUUCCCAACAGUUUGUUCCGAUGCUACUGGUAAAGGAGGAACCUGAUGAUAACGAAGAAGACUGGGGUGACGAGCCAAUGGCUAUGGAAGUGCUGGAUAUUAAACCAGACCGGCCAUCGACCGAUGAAAGUGAUGAAGAAGUUGACGAGAAUAAUGAGGCCGAACCUUCGGACGGGAUUGGUUCGACGAGUUAUGAGCAACAAGUCAAACUCGCCCAGGAAGUGCUGAAGCGUUUGAAGCAGUUCACUUCCACUCCAGUCAAUCAUAAAGAACUGUGGGCGGAAAUUGCCGAACAGUUAGAAAUGGCAUAUUCCGCAACUAGAACUCGCUGGAAUAGAAUGAAGCAAAGUUAUCUGGCUACCAAAGCGGGUGUCGCAACGGGUACCCGGCUGAUGAUACUUCGGUUGAAGGGUUGUGCGCUGUUCAACCUUAUGAAUCAGAUCGUUCCGGAGCUGGAUGAUAGCGUGGAGCCAUGGGUUGCACCGGACAGUGUGGACACGGACGAACGAACGGAUGGGAAAAACUUUCCAAUAGGUCUUAAAAUUGCCAUUGCUGAGGAGGUUAAAAAUAAUCCGGAUCUUUGGGAUAGAUCACUGGCCAGUUCAACGCAUACAAUGGAUCAGACCUGGAAGAGCAUAGCUAGAAAGUUCAAUAUGGAUGUUAUCAAUCUUCGGUUGCAUUGGCGUUCGCUACAGGGUAUUUAUCGGACACAUAAGAAACGGGUGAGAGAAGGCGCCAGGGUCAGGACCAAGGCCGAUACGCAGUUUUACAAGUUGAUUGAAAUACUGCACCAUAUAUAUCAAACCAACGAAGGUGGAGUCGUUAAGCAAGAGCAAGAGCCGGAGCAAGUUACGGUUGAGGAGGAAAAAGAGGAAAAUGUGUUGGUAGUGCUGAAAGAACAUCAGGAGGACGAAGAUACGGAAGACAAAACCAAAAAGAAAGAUGACACUCCGGUUUCAUCUCAGAAGAUGACACUGGCGAAGCUCGUGUACAAGCAUCAGCAUCUUUGGAACCAGAAGCAUCAGGACUUUCACAAUGCCGUCGCAAGGGACGCAACGUGGAAUCGCAUUGCUGUGACGUUGAACAAAACACGCGAAGAGGCCAAAUACGCGUGGAAGUGUUUGCGAGAUUUGUACCGAGGCAGGGUGAAACGCUUGAAGCAGGGACUGUUACAUCCUGAAGCUCGGGUUCUGCACGAGCCACUCUUCAAACAGCUGGAAUUGAUGUUUGCUGGAAAUAUGCGAAUCGGCCCAAUUCCACCGGUAACAGGACCACCGCAACCAGCAGCAGCAUGGAAGCGCAGUGCGCACAUGAUGGAUGCAUCGGAAUCUGACGAGGCACCGGAAGGCCAUGGAGAUGGCGAUACUGUCGAAGAUGAAGGCGAUGAGAAUAUGAAACUAGCUGUGUUAUGUGAGAAGCACCAAAUAAUCUGGAACAGCAAACAUCCCGAUCACGCUAAUUUGGAGAAAAGAGACAUCGUUUGGGAUUCCAUUGCACGGAAGAUGAACCUCACCAGGGUCCAAGCGAAGGCCGUGUGGACCCGCCUGAGGAACGUGUAUCGCGGUCGGAGGUUGCGAUUAUUGAAGGGAAAUCUCGCGAAAAAUAGUCAUCUUUUGCGUGAUCCUCUCUACCGGAAGUUGAACACGAUGCUCAAGGAUCACAUGCAUCUGGGGAAGUACGGUGGGGGGAUCAGCAAAAGUGAAUCGUCGGAACAGACGAAGGAUGCCGGUAGAGGCGAUGCGGGACCGUUCCCCACCAUGGAGGACAAGGUCAGACUGGUGGAAGAAGUGAUCAAGUAUCAGUUCCUGUGGAAUGCGACCCAUCCCGACUUUCACAAUGCUGUCGCACGGGACGAAACGUGGAAACGGAUUGCUGUGUCAAUGAACCAGAGCAGUACAAAGAUCAAAUAUGCGUAUAAAUUGUUGCGAGAUUCGUACCGAAGCCGGAUGAAACGCAUGCUGCAGAGCAAUACGGAUCUCAAAGCUCACUUUGAGUAUGAUCCGCUGUUCCAGAAAAUGAAUAUGAUGUUUUCUAAAAGCAUGCGAAUUGAUUUAAAUCUAAAAGCUGCCUCGAGGAACUCCGCGCACAUGGCAGACGAAUCGGAAUCCAACGAUGUAUUGGAAGACCAUGGGGAUGGCGAUACUGUGGAAUAUGACAUCGACGAGACUUUGAAACUAGCCGUGCUAUGCGAGAAAAACGAACUCAUCUGGAACAGCAAACACCCUAACCACCAGAAUUUUGAGAAAAGAGACGCAGUUUGGGAUACCAUCGCACAGGAAAUGAAUGUCACCAAAGCCUAUGUGAAGGAACUGUGGACCCGACUGAGGAACAUUUAUCGCACUCGGAGAUUACGAUACUUGCAAGGAUCAAUUACUAAAAGAAAUCAUCUCUUGUGUGAUCCGCUCUACCGGAAGCUACAUGCGAUGCUCGAUGGUCACAUGCAGCUAGGGAAACAUGGUGGAGGGUUUCCCAAAAAAGACGUCCCGCUGAAGGAACCUGGCGAGGUGGGGCCAUUUUCCACCAUGGAGGACAAGGUCAGACUGGUAGAGGAAGUGUUCAAGCAUGAGCACCUGUGGAAUACGACUCAUGUCGACUAUUUCAAGUCGGACAAGCGUGGCGCAAUGUGGUCUCAGAUUGCCGGAAUGUUCGAUAACUGUGAUGCGUGGGCAGCCAGAAGUGAGUGGCGUCGCUUACGGAACAUGCACCGACCACGUAAAUCCCGCGCUGCGGCUGUGUAUGAACCAAUCGAUGAUAAUGAAGAAGAUGAACCAAUGAGCAGCAAUCCACUGUAUGAUCUGUUCUCGAAAAUGGCGGAAAGCUUGACCGCAGAGAACGAAGGCGAUCCGGCUGAAGAAGGCGAGCCAUCGGGAGCGACGCACACGAAAAAAGUUAAGAAACGUCGAAUCCAGGAAAUCACGGAAGCAUACAUGACGCAUAAGCGACGCUUCACGGGCAAGAGAAGCUUCGACGACGAGGGCUGUAUAAAGGUAACCAAGGGGGGAAUUGUUCGAUACGAAAAGAUCUGUGAACUGUGCGGGAAGCAAAUCGAGCGAUCGUACUUUGAGUACCACAUGAACCAGCACAACGGCCUGAAGCCGUAUAUUUGUUCGUUCGAGGGAUGCGGUCGGCAGUACAGUAACAAGAUAACACGUGAUCGGCACGAGGUACUGGUCCAUUGCGACGAGGGUUAUAAAUAUGAGUGCGAUCAGUGUGACGAAAAGUUCAAAUACAGAAGUACAUUCGACUAUCACUAUGCGAUCAAGCACGAAAGCCAGAAGGUCCCGUGUACCGUUUGUGGGAAGUUGUUGAAGCACAAGUCUCUCCUUCGGGAGCACCUGAGGCGGCACACGGGACAUUUUCCGUGCAACGUCUGCGGCAAGAUUCUGCAGAAGAAGUACUCGCUGGACGUCCACAUGCGGACCCAUACCAAUGAGAAACCGUACCCGUGCGAACUAUGUGGACAGUGUUUCAUGCUGAAGGUGCAGAUGAAGACCCAUCUGGCGAAGGCCCAUCAGCUGUCGUGGGAAGAGUUUCAAGAAAUCUACGGCAGCACCAGCCAGCAGUAAUUAUUAAAUCAUUACCAACAUCCAUUGAUCAGAAACAAAGACACUUUCGUUAAAAGAGAUAGCUCAAAUAAGUUUCCUUUUUCGAUUCGUCCGAAACUCCUGUGCUUUUUGGUUACCUAACUACUCAGUAAAGGGCGAACACGAAAUUAUUGCGACACAUUCAACAGGGCAUAACUUUUUUACCAUUGGGUAAAAAUCAACCAAAUUUUGCACACUUUCUCAUUGAUGUGUAUUGUGUACAUGCUGUCAAACUCGAAGUCGUGUUUUUCGAUUCAACGAAAAUGGAGGUGAACCAACGCGAGUUGAGAGAACAAAUUCUUUCCAAACACCUGGAAUUUCCUGACCUGUCGCACCGGCAGUUGGGAAAAAUGUUGAACAUUCACCAUUCAACCGUCUCCAGAGUGUUGAAGCGGUUCCAGGAGCGGUUGACGUUGGACCACGGCAAAGGAGCUGGAAGAAAACCGGGACCGGAGAACAAAAAGACGGAGGGAAAGGUGAAGCGGAUGAUUAAAGCAAAUCCCAACGUCUCAAGCCGUGAUUUGGCUAAAAAGAUCGGCAUGUCGCAGAGCUACGUCCAGAAUGCAAAGAAGAGAGCUGGACUACAUACAUACAAGGUACAGAACUUCCCAAACCGCGAUGAGCGGCAACAAUCGCCGGCUAAAACUCGGGCACGGAAGCUCUACGAGAAGAUGCUGACAAAAUAUGGCUGCUGUGUGAUGGACGACGAAACGUAUAUAAAAGCCGAUUUUAAGCAAAUUCCGGGGUUGGAGUUUUUCACCGGCAAGAGCAAGUUCGAUGUGGACGACAAAUUUAAGAAGAAGAAAAUGUCGAAGUUCGCCUCCAAAUAUCUCAUUUGGCAGGCCAUCUGCUCUUGCGGACUAAGGAGUGAGCCUUUCGUGACAAAGGGCACAGUAAAUGGCGAGAUCUACAAAUCUGAGUGCCUCGAGAAGCGCCUUUUGCCGUUCUUGCAGCAGCACGACGAAGCUCCGCUAUUUUGGCCAGAUUUGGCA